AUGUCUCAACCACACCCCGAGCCGACGUCACCAAGGCCGGCGCCGGCGCCAGCAGCCAAGAAGACGACGCCGUCCUCCAACAUCCCAUGGCUCUACCGGCUGCCGCUGCUCUACAUCGAGCCCCUGUGCGCGCUCAACGGCGCAUACCUGCUGUACCUCAAGCCCCGCAACUUCCUCGAGGUCGUCUCCCCCUACCACGAGAAGCACUUCCCGACCGCCGUGUCGUCGUCGUCGGUCGUCGCCAACGCGUCCAAGAUCCUCAAGGCGGCGACCUCGUCCUCCAAGGCGGCGCCGCCCGUGCCGAGCCUGUCCUCGGUCCGCGUCCUGACCGACAUGCUGGCGGGCAUGAACCUCCUCUUCGCCUUCAACCUCGCCGUCACCCUCCGCGUGGCGGGCAACGACCACCGGCUGUGGCGGUGCAUCUGCUCGGGCAUGCUCCUCUCCGACGCCAUGCACGUCUACGCCACCGUGAGGGAGUUUGGCUGGCCCGCCGUGCUCGACUAUAACUCGUGGCGGACCAUCGACUGGCUCAACUUUGGCAUCAUGGGCUGCAUGACCGUCGUCCGGCUCGGCGUCGUCGCCGGCGUCGGGCUUGGGGGCGGCAAGAAGGGCGGCAGCAGCAGCAAGAAGAGCGCCGUUAGCAAGAAGAGCACCAUCAGCAAGGACACCGCCGCCGCCGCCACCACCAACACCACCACCCACACGCACACCCCCCGCCGCGCCCGCCGCAGCAGCACCAGCAGCGCCGUCACCGCUGUCAGUGAGGCACCCAGCGAAGCACCCAGCGAGAAGAACGCUGCCGCUGCUGUUGCCGGUUCUAGCAGUACCACAAAGAAGGCCAAGAGUGCCAAGACCGAGAAAAAGAAGACGUCCAGUCGCACAAAGAAGGCCGAGUCGAUUCUAUCCCUUCUCCUCGCCAUCUCAGUCUAUCCUCCUCUCGCCGCCCUCGCCCAGCAGCCGGCGCUCCUCGUCCUCGGUGGCAUUCGCCGGCCGCUCUGGGUAGAGCACGUAGUGCUGCCAGAUGAAGACGCCGUCGUAGGCCAUGCUCGCGUUGCCGAGCACGAACUUGACCGGGUUGCCCGUGAUGCCGCUCCAGUCGUGCUGGAGGUAGCUGUCGAUCCCCUGCUGUGCGACGCUCAGGACCCCGCCCAGCACGUCCAGGAGGAUCUGCCAGAUGCUCCACCCCUUUGUGCUCUUGUUGCGGUAGUUGGCGACCAUCUGCGGCGUGUACUUGACGAGCGUGACGACGACCUUGACGUACCCGACGGCGUAGACGACGUCGAGCUCGCACCAGUCGACGGCCGGGUCGCCGGUGCGCGGGGCCAGGAGGACGACGAGGACGGUGACGACGACGCCGGCCACGCAGCCGGCGCUGAUGCCCAGGAUGGGCCGGCUAGGGCUGGCGCCGCGGCUGGGCGCGAACCCCCACAGCGACCUGGCGAAGAAGUACUGCGAGGUGACGACGAGGCUGAGGGCGAGGCCGUGGAGGGCGAAGACGAUGUCGUUGAGCUGGACGGUCGGGGUCAGGCCGCCGUGGCGGGCGGCGUACUGCGCCCGGACGACGGGGGAGUAGUAGAAGACGGCGUUGGAGGCAAAGUACGCCGUGAAGCCUGUGCCGGUCGCGCGACGAGGAGUCACGGCUUGUCAGUCCUUGUUUAUCCUCCCAUAUUGGAGCAGCUCCGUUCAGAUAUGAAUCAUGAUGGCAUGACGGUGGGGAAUUUGGGCUUUCCGGGUCGGGAACAAACAGGUAUUAAGGGACAGGCUCGGGGAAGUUGCGGGAAAAGCCGCGACCACGCUCAUGCGCAGGACGAAGCACAGGCAACAUGA